AUGGGUGGACUGGCCUGGGGACCAUCCACGGCUACAGGCAGCAGUUGGGCCAAUGCCAAUGAGACCUGGGAACUGCCAUUGGGGGGCUUCAGUGGGCUCCAAGGAGGAAGACAGAGAGGUAGAGGAAAGAAGGGAAUCUCUGAGGACCCCCUGUGCCAGCUGACACCUCAGCUUGGCCUGUCGCCGAGGGUCCCUCCUGGCUUUGUGGAGAAAGCAUCCAGCUACCACUUGGAUAUGCCUGGUCCCCAGCCAUCUGUUGCCAGCCGGACCACAGGAGCCGUGGCCUGCCUGGCAGAGGUGCUCCUCUGGGUUGGAGGGAGUGUGGUGGUGUCACCACGAUGGCAGCUCAGCCUUCUAGUGGAGAGAUGCAUGAGUGCCAUGCAGGAGGGGACCCAGAUGGUGAAGCUACGGGGCAGCUCCAAGGGAUUGGUCCGCUUCUACUACCUGGAUGAGCACCGCUCCUGCCUCCGAUGGCGGCCCUCACGCAAGAACGAGAAAGCCAAGAUUUCCAUCGACUCCAUCCAGGAGGUGAGUGAGGGCCGGCAGUCUGAAAUCUUCCAGCGCUACCCCGACAGCAGCUUCGACCCCAACUGCUGUUUCAGCAUCUACCACGGCAGCCACCGAGAAUCGCUGGACUUGGUCUCCCCCAGCGGUGAAGAGGCACGUACCUGGGUCACCGGCCUUCGCUACCUCAUGGCUGGCAUCAGCGAUGAAGACAGCCUAGCCCGUCGCCAGCGUACCAGGGACCAAUAUCCUUGGGCUCCAGGGUGGUUGAAGCAGACAUUUGAUGAAGCUGACAAGAACGGGGACGGCAGCCUGAGCAUCAGCGAGGUUCUGCAGCUGCUACAUAAACUCAACGUGAACCUGCCCCGGCAGAGGGUGAAACAGAUGUUCAGGGAGGCAGACACAGACGACCAUCAGGGAACACUGGGCUUUGAGGAGUUCUGCGCCUUCUACAAGAUGAUGUCCACUCGCCGAGACCUGUACCUGCUCAUGCUGACCUACAGCAACCAUAAGGACCACUUGGACGCUUCCGACCUGCAGCGCUUUCUGGAGGUGGAGCAGAAGAUGAAUGACGUGACGCUUGAGAGCUGUCAGAACAUCAUCGAACAGUUUGAGCCUUGUCUGGAAAAUAAGAGCAAGGGGGUACUGGGGAUUGAUGGCUUUACCAACUACACAAGGAGCCCCGCAGGUGACAUCUUCAACCCUGAACACCACAGAGUGCACCAAGACAUGACGCAGCCGCUCAGUCACUACUUCAUCACCUCGUCCCACAACACCUACCUCGUGGGUGACCAGCUCAUGUCCCAGUCUCGGGUGGACAUGUAUGCCUGGGUCCUGCAAGCCGGCUGUCGCUGUGUGGAGGUGGACUGCUGGGACGGGCCUGAUGGGGAACCCAUUGUCCACCACGGCUACACUCUGACCUCCAAGAUCCUUUUCAAAGAUGUCAUAGAAACCAUCAACAAAUAUGCCUUCAUCAAGAAUGAGUACCCAGUGAUCCUGUCCAUUGAGAACCACUGUAGUGUUGUUCAGCAGAAGAAGAUGGCCCAGUAUCUGACUGACAUCCUUGGGGACAAGCUGGACCUCUCCUCAGUGAGCAGCGAAGAUGCGACCGUGCUUCCUUCUCCACAGAUGCUCAAAGGCAAGAUUCUGGUGAAGGGGAAGAAGCUCCCUGCCACUAUCAGUGAGGAUGCGGAAGAAGGUGAAGUAUCUGAUGAGGACAGCGCCGACGAGAUUGAAGAUGACUGCAAGCUCCUCAAUGGAGAUGCCUCCACCAACCGGAAGCGUGUGGAAAACAUUGCAAAGAAGAAGCUGGAUUCUCUGAUCAAGGAGUCAAAGAUCCGUGACUGUGAAGACCCUAAUGACUUCACUGUCUCCACACUAUCGCCAUCCGGAAAGCUUGGGCACAAAGCAGAGGCCAAGAAGGGUCAGAGCAAGGUUGAGGAAGACGUGGAGUCCGGGGAGGACACUGGGUCGAGCAGGCGGAACAGCCGUCUCCUCAUGAGCAGUUUCUCCAAGCGCAAGAAAAAAGGCAGCAAGAUAAAGAAGGUGGCCAGCGUGGAAGAGGGGGAUGAGAACCUGGACUCCCCAGGAAGCCAGAGCCGAGGGACUGCCCGGCAAAAGAAGACCAUGAAGCUGUCACGAGCCCUCUCGGACCUAGUGAAAUAUACCAAGUCUGUGGGCACCCAUGACGUGGAGAUGGAGGUGGUAUCUAGCUGGCAGGUGUCGUCCUUCAGCGAGACCAAGGCCCACCAGAUCCUGCAGCAAAAGCCUACCCAGUACCUGCGCUUCAACCAACACCAGCUCUCACGAAUAUACCCCUCCUCCUACCGUGUGGACUCCAGCAACUACAAUCCACAACCCUUCUGGAAUGCUGGUUGCCAAAUGGUUGCCCUGAACUACCAGUCAGAAGGGCGGAUGCUGCAGCUGAACAGGGCCAAGUUCAGCGCCAACGGUGGCUGUGGCUACGUGCUCAAACCGCAGUGCAUGUGCCAGGGUGUCUUCAACCCCAACUCUGAGGACCCCCUGCCAGGGCAGCUCAAGAAGCAGCUGGCCCUGAGGAUCAUCAGUGGCCAGCAGCUGCCCAAGCCACGGGACUCGGUGCUGGGUGACCGUGGGGAGAUCAUCGACCCCUUUGUGGAGGUAGAGGUCAUCGGGCUUCCUGUAGACUGCAGCAAGGAGCAGACCCGAGUGGUGGACGACAACGGAUUCAACCCCAUGUGGGAGGAGACACUGGUGUUCACUGUGCACAUGCCCGAGAUUGCGCUUGUGCGCUUUCUGGUCUGGGACCAUGACCCCAUUGGACGUGACUUCAUUGGUCAGAGGACAUUGGCCUUCAGCAGCAUGAUGCCAGGCUAUCGGCAUGUGUACCUAGAAGGGAUGGAAGAGGCCUCUAUCUUUGUACAUGUGGCUGUCAGUGACAUUAGUGGUAAGGUCAAGCAGACUCUGGGUCUAAAAGGUCUCUUCCUCCGAGGCCCAAAGCCAGGCUCACUGGACAGUCAUGCUGCUGGGCAGCCCCUGCCCCGUCCCUCCGUUAGCCAGAGGCUCCUGCGGCGCACAGCCAGUGCCCCAACCAAAAGUCAGAAGCCAAGUCGCAAGGGCUUCCCAGAGCUGGCCCUGGGCACACAGGACGCAGGCUCUGAGGGGGCAGCUGAUGACGUGGCACCCCCCAGCCCCAACCCAGCUCUGGAGGCCUCUACUCAAGAGAGGUCAGGCAGCGGCAGUCCCCGAGAUACUCGCCUCUUCCCCCUGCAGCGGCCCAUCUCCCCCCUGUGCAGCCUGGAACCCAUUGCUGAGGAACCAGCCCUGGGCCCUGGCCUCCCGUUACAGGCAGCUGUCCCCACAGGUCCAUCUCAGGAAGGGCCCCAGCGCUCUGUGGGACUGGGAGCCAAAGUGACCAGACCCCAGCAGACAUCUCUGGGAGCUUCUGGAACCCUCCAGCUCAGAACUGGGGGCGAUAGGGAAAAUGAAGAGCCACCCCUCAGGCCACACAGUGGUGGAACCUCCAGCGGGCCACGUGAGGGGACCUCUGGAAGACAGACAGACAGCAAGAGCCGCUCCUGGGCUCCGGGCCACUUGCCAGUGGUUAGGAGGGCCAAGAGUGAGGGCCAGGUGCUCUCGGAGCUCUCUCCUACACCUGCAGUAUACUCGGAUGCUACGGGCACUGACAGGUUAUGGCAGCGUCUGGAGCCUGGGAGUCACAGGGACAGUGUCUCCUCAUCCUCCAGCAUGUCGUCCAACGACACUGUCAUAGACCUAUCACUGCCCAGCCUCGGCCUCUGCCGCAGCCGAGAGAGCAUUCCAGGGAUCUCUCUUGGACGCCUAACUCCACGGCCCUGCUUAGCCUCAGCUGCCCGUCCUGACCUGCCUCCUGUGACCAAGAGCAAAUCCAACCCCAACCUGCGGGUUGCAGGUGGGCUGCCUCCUGCACCCGAUGAGCUGCAGCCCCGGCCUCUUGCCCCGCGGCUGACCAGCCUCCACCCACGUCCACCCUGGCAUCACCUCACCCUGGUGGGCCUGCAGGACUGCUCAGUGUCUGCUAAGUCCAAGAGUCUGGGAGACCUGACGGCUGACGACUUUGCGCCCAGCUUUCAGGGCAGCACCGGCAGCCUGAGCUACGGCCUGGGCCCCCUGAGUGUGGCGCAUAAGGGGCUGGAGCCGGAAGUGCGGCGGGACGCUCUCACGGAGCAGCUUCGCUGGCUCACCGGCUUCCAGCAGGCUGGGGACAUCACAUCGCCCACCAGCUUGGGCCCAGCUGGGGAUGGGUCUGUAGGGGGCUCCAGCUUCCUGAGGCGUUCCUCCUCUCGCAGCCAGAGCCGCGUGCGGGCUAUUGCCAGCCGAGCCCGCCAAGCUCAGGAGCGCCAGCAGAGGCUGAGAGGCCUGGAUGCACGGGGUCCCCCAGAGGAGGAGAGGGGCACCCCUGAGGGUGCCUGUUCUGUAGGCCACGAGGGCUGUGUGGAUGUGCCAAUGCCUGCCAAGGGAGCCCCUGAGCAGGUGUGCGGUGCUGCUGACGGCCAGCUGCUGCUCAGGCUUUGA